AUAAAAAAUUAGGUGAACUUUCCACUAACCUCGAUGGAGUAAGAAAAGGGGUCGACGAUGCCAAUGCCAGAAUUGAAGCCCAAGGUAAAAAACUAGGUGAAGAGAUGGGUAAUAUAAAAACCGAACUUGAAGGAGCCAUCCAACAGCAAGGAGAAAAGUUUGACAAAGAACUCAAAGCCUUAGACAAAAAAAUUGCUAAUGCCACCGGCCAAAUGAAAAAGGACUUAGAAAGGGAAAGGCAAGAACGUAAAAACGAAAUGGCUAAGCAGAAGCAAGAAUUAGAGAGUCAGAUUAAAGAAGUCACUAACCAAUUAGAAAAGGCCAAAGAGGAAUUAAAAAAAGAACUCAAUGAAUUCAAACAAGAAGUCAAUGAACGCUUCGAACAACAAGAAAAAAAAAUCCUCGAAAACAAACGCAAAAUCGAAGAAGAAAAACGCCAACGAGAGGCUGAAAUCAAAGAAGUCAAAGCCAAAAUCUCCCAAGCCAACACUAAAAUCAAUAAUCUCCAACAAGAAAAAGACGAACUCCAAGAAGACUUCCAAAAAUACCAACAUUCCACCCAACGGAAAAUGGAAGAAGUCCAGCAAGAUUUCGAAGACUAUCAAGCCGAAACCGACAGCAAAUUCCGCACCCAACAAGCCAA